AUAGUCUCUUUAAUCGGUAACCAAUGAAAUGCGAUCUGGAACCAAGUGCUGUAACGGUCAUUUCAAGAAUUUGUCACAGAAGUUUUGAGUUUUAAAAGAGUUCUAGUUUUGGAGUUUGAACCCUAUUCAGGGUUUGUUCGUGUUUGUGGAAAAAGAAGACAUAGUAAACUACGACAAUAAGCCAUGCCGCCUAUAAAGAAGUUGACAGUCGACCCAUCGGCGGCGCAGAAUAGGCGGGUGGCGACUCGAAGCUUCAUGAAGCCGCCGACGAACCAGGAGUUGCCGAAGAGGAAAGCCGGCACUCCCCCGAAGCUCGAGGCAGAACACAAGAGGCAGGUUCUUGUCGACAUCACAAACGAGAAGAAACUCCAGGCCAAUGCGGACAACCUCAAGAAUGUGGCGGUAAAUCUAAAGCUCAAGAACUCGAAAGCGACGAAGCCAGCGGCGAAGGCCGCGCCGAAGCAGCCUGAGAACGCCCGCCCGCGGCUCACCCGGUGCUCCACGCUGCACACCCGCACGACCACCUCGACCACGGUGACGUCCCGGCUGGCGGAGGUGAAGAAGGCGGUGGUGAGGCCCGUGCCCUCCCAGGUGCCCAGGGUCAACUUCCCCGAGGUGAAGCCGAGGAGUGGCACCAGCUCUGCCGCCAGCUCCACGUCGUCGUGCAAGGGGGCCCUGUCGAGGCUCGCCAUCAAGGAGGAGGGGUCCAAGGGCGAUGCGUCGGGGGACAGCGAGGACAGCGAACUCUUCGUGACGGCCAGCGAGAGCCUGAGUGAUGUCAAACCAAAAUUAAAACUGACUAGUGUCAAAGUUAGUAAAGAUGCUGAAAAAUCUUCGCAAGAGAGAGUGGUUCCAGGAGUGGAGGAUUUUGACAAGAAAAAUUUAAACAAUUUGUUUGAAGUUGGAAUGUAUGCCAUGGAUGUGUUUGACUACUUGAAGAGCAUCGAGGAGAAGUACCGGGUGGGGGACUACAUGAAGCGCCAGAGCCAGGUGCAGGCGUCGUCGCGCUCCCAGCUGGUGGACUGGCUGGUGGAGCUGCAGGAGCACUUUGAGCUGAACCACGAGUCUCUGUACCUGGCGGUGCGGCUGCUGGACCACUACCUCGCCCGCAAGUGCGUGCCCAUCGCCGUGCUGCAGGUGGUCGGCAUGUCCUGCAUCCUGCUGGCCGCCAAGUACGAGGAGCGCUACCCGCCAUCUCUGGAGGACCUGCUCUUCAUCAGCGACUACGUGUGCUCGAGGGACCAGCUGAUCCGGAUGGAGCAGGAGGUGCUGAGGACUCUCCGCUUCGAGCUGGGCAUGCCCCUGUCCUACUGCUUCCUGCGCAGAUACGCCAGGUGCAUCAACAUGUCGCUGCAAGACCUGACGCUGGCGCGCUACAUCCUGGAGCUGUCACUGACGGAGUACAUGUUCGUGUCGGUGUCGGAGUCGAAGAUGGCGUGUGCGUCCCUGCUGCUGGCGCUCAGGAUGCUGGGCUUGGGCGGGUGGACGCCCACGCUCGAGCACUACACCGGUUACAAGGAGGAGGACUUUAAACACCUGUUGCCUCACCUCAACAAACUGUUGCACUGCGAAAAGAACAGCAACAGGCAUCGCAGAGUAUUCAUCAAAUAUUCCGACGGGUCUUUCUUCAAGGUGGCGACAAAAAAACUUUUGAAAAACUUGUCAGGUGACGACAACCAAUAGGAUUGGUACCAAAAAAGUCUUUGUGAGCGUAUCUACAUCUCAGGACUCUGGUGCUGCCAGAACUGGGCAAGCUCUCAGGCUCAUUUUUACAUUUUCUUAGUAGGGAUUUUUUUAUUGUAGACAACUUACAUUUGUAUGUAUAUAUUUUUGAUGUUUUUAUGAAUUUAUUUGUACUGUAGUUUUGACGAUGCUUUGUGUCGAGGCAUUUUGUAUUUGAUGAAAGUCUUUAUAUGUCAUCCCGAACUCACACUGGACUUCCAUGUACAAAUCAUAUGGCGAGGACUACAAACACUUUGUUUGUGAAACUAUGAGAGUUUUGUGUGAGCGAAGGUUAAGUGAGGUUAGCUUUUUUAUCAUUGUUUUACUUUAGGUUACUAGGUUUAUGUUGUGAUAAAUAAGUUGUCUACAGACAACGCAAUUUCAUUCUAGUUGUUUGUUCUUAUAGUAAUUUAGUGGAAAUUUAAUAUUUAAUCUUUUAGUAAAUUUAUUGAAAAUGAAUCACUGGAGUGACAUUAUAUUGAUUUUUGUAUAACUUGUAAAUAUGUGUAUAGACAACAUUUGUUAACUAUUUUUUAGGGUUGAUGUACAGAUAUCACUAUGAAUAUUCUUUAAAAGAAAUGUAAAUGGGUAAUUUUUGUAUUUAGAUUAGGUAUCCUUUUGUGUUCUUAUCAGUCUUGUUUUGUCUGUGUUUGGUUUUUAUUGUAACUGAACAUUGUGCAACUUUUUACCAUAGCUGAAUUAUGCAUUCUCUAGUCCUGUAUCCAUCACCUUCAGUUCCACAAUAAAAUAUUUUUCACACACCCACACAUGGUUUAUGGCUAGAGAGGGUGAAAAAUAGCAUUUAUUCUGGUCAUUUAUAGCAUUUAAAUAUUUACUUGUAGCAUUUUUAUAGCAUUUAUUACCAAUAUUAUAUAAUUUUAUAAGUGCUCAACCAACCACAGGGACAUAAUUUUUUCUCAGUGUAGAUGCUUGGAGUAUGUCCCCAGAACCAGGAAUGUACUUGUUGAUGUAUUCCCUUACAGCUGGAUACAGAGGGAUAUUAGCCUUGAGAAACAUUUUCACAGUCUCUUCAAUAAAUUCCUUUUUCUCAA